ACCGUCUUCACUCUCUCUCUCUCUCUCUCUCUCUCUCUGUCUACGUAUUAAAACCAUCACGUCGACGAAGCUGAUCGACUCCUCUACCCUUGUCUCUCUUUCCAACGAAUCAAACCUCAUCGCAUUAACCCAAAGCAUCACUUCUAUUCAGCAGUAUUGACUAGUAGGAGAAGCCCCAGAGAGAGAGAGAGAGAGAGAGAGAGAGAGAGAGGGAGAGCGGAGACGCGACACAAUGAAGGCGACAAAGAGGCCGAUCCAUGCGGUGGCGACAUGGGUGAGGAGGCAGCCACCUAAGAUCAAGGCCUUUUUAGCCGUAGUCUCGGGCAUGGCGGCGCUUGUCUUCCUCAGAAUGGUGGUCCACGAUCACGACAACCUCUUUGUGGCUGCAGAGGCUGUUCACGCCCUAGGAAUCUCCGUCCUCAUUUACAAGCUCAUGAAGGAGAAGACUUGUGCUGGACUGUCACUGAAAUCACAGGAGCUAACUGCUAUAUUUUUAGCUGUUAGACUGUAUUGCAGUUUUGUCAUGGAAUAUGAUAUGCAUACCCUGCUUGAUUCGGCUACAUUGGUUACAACUCUCUGGGUUAUUUAUAUGAUUCGCUUUAAGCUAAGGUCCAGUUACAUGGAAGACAAAGACAACUUUGCAAUUUAUUAUGUGGUAAUUCCAUGUGCUCUUCUAUCGUUACUUAUUCAUCCAACAACACAGCAUAACAUAAUCAACAGGAUUUCCUGGGCUUUUUGUGUUUAUCUUGAAGCUGUUUCAGUUCUACCUCAGCUACGGGUCAUGCAAAACACGAAGAUUGUUGAACCAUUCACAGCACAUUAUGUAUUUGCAUUGGGGAUUGCAAGGUUCUUGAGUUGUGCACAUUGGGUUCUCCAGGUAUUGGAUACCCGAGGGCGCCUAUUGACAGCAUUAGGUCAUGGAUUGUGGCCGUCUAUGGUCCUUUUCUCAGAAAUUGUCCAGACUUUCAUUCUUGCCGAUUUCUGCUACUACUAUGUGAAGAGCAUCAUGGGUGGACAACUCAUUCUGCGUCUACCUUCUGGGGUUGUAUGAAUCUACAAAAAUACCAUGCAGAGCACACAGAAAACGGCAGCGACUGCAUCGACCGCCAAUAACUGGAAAAGUGUGAUAUAUGGUUUGUCUGCUUCUAUGAGGUGCACUUUGGGAAGGAAGCGAGGACACUUUGUACAACUAUAAUUUUAGCUUUUGUCUUGCGGCCAUUGGAUUUGUGCUGUUUGGUGCAAUGCAAAUUUAGCACAAGCUGAAUUUUGAUACUUUAAUUUAUACACCCAUUCAUCGAACACAUUUCUGCGGC